CAGACGGAGUCAACGACCCCGAGGCCGAGAAUCAGCCAAUCAGAGGAGAGCUCGCUGCCUCUCUUCUGCUUCUUCUUCUUCUGCUUCUUCUUCUUCUCUUUCUCCUUCUUCUUCUUGUGUCUGCGGUGGGACGAUGCACACCAAAGGGAACUCCUGCUGCUGCUCCUUCGAGGACUACAAGCUGACCUCUGAUUGGCUGCUGAACCAAACGAGUCACCGUCCCAAGCUGGCGGUGAUCUGUGGUUCAGGACUCGGUCUUCUGGCUGACGGAGCCGCCAACAAACAGACCUUCAGGUACCAGGACAUCCCCAACUUCCCCGUCAGCACAGUGGCGGGUCAUGAAGGCUGUCUGGUGUUCGGGACGAUCGAGGACACUUCCUGUGUCUUCAUGCAGGGACACUUCCACCUGUAUGAAGGUUACUCUCUGUGUCAGGUGACGCUCCCUGUGAGGAUCUUUAAGCUGAUGGGGGUGGAGACGGUGCUGGUGACCAACGCGUCUGGAGGAAUCUGUCCCGACUUUAAAGUCGGAGACAUCAUGAUCAUCAAAGACCACAUCAACCUGCCGGGGUUCGCCGGGCAGCACCCGCUGUGUGGCCCCAACGAUGAGCGGUUUGGGACCAGGUUCCCCUGUAUGUCUGAUGCGUACAGUAAGGACCUGCGGCGGCUGGCGGUGGACGUGGGGGCGGAGCUUGGCUGUAGUGACUUCAUCAGAGAGGGCGUGUACUGUAUGGUGAGCGGUCCAAACUUUGAAACCAUCGCCGAGGCCCGGAUGCUGCUGGUCCUCGGCUGUGACUCCGUGGGAAUGAGUACGGUCCCUGAGGUGACGGUGGCCAAACACUGUGGACUCAGAGUCGUGGGUCUGUCCCUCAUCACCAACAUGGUGUCUCUGGACUACAGCCGGGAGGAGAAGGUGAACCACGAUGAGGUUCUUCAGAUCAGCAAGAUGAGAGCUGAGGUUCUGCAGAAACUCGUCACCAAGCUGAUCUCUCGCUGCCAGCAGCAGAGCAUCAACACCCACUAGGGGGACCAGCAGAACCACUGAGGGACCAGCAGAACCACUGAGGGACCAGCAGAACCACUGGGGGACCAGCAGAACCACUGAGGGACCAGCAGAACCACUGAGGGACCAGCAGAACCACUGGGGGACCAGCAGAACCACUGGGGGACCAGCAGAACCACUGAGGGACCAGCAGAACCACUGAGGGACCAGCAGAACCACUGAGGGACCAGAACCAGAACCACUGAUCUCUGACUGUGGCUCUGUUUGAUAUUUUAACUUCACAAUAAAACAAUAAAAGUUUUCUUUAAGAUGAUUAAA